AUGUCAGUGUGCUCGGAGCCCGGCUUCUCUAGUGAGGAGGUGUUGAACCUGCGCUUUCCUCUUCACCGAGCCUGCCGGGAUGGGGACCUUCACUGCCUCCGCUCCCUACUGCAAGGCCCGCCCGGGAACACCGCUCAACAGCUCGGCAAGGAAGACUCCUGUUACGGCUGGACGCCCAUCCAUUGGGCGGCACACUUCGGGAAGUUGGAGUGUCUGGUCCAGUUGGUUGGAGCAGGUUGCUCUGUUAAUGCCAGCACAACUCGGUUUGCUCAAACACCAGCGCACAUUGCUGCUUUUGGAGGGCAUCCUCACUGCCUUAUGUGGCUUAUUCAGGCAGGUGCUAAUGUAAAUAAACAGGACUACGUAGGGGAGACCCCUGUGCACAAAGCAGCAAGGGCUGGUAGUAUGGACUGCCUUAAGGCCCUUGUGUCCAGUGGAGGGCAGAUAGACUUUAAGAAUGCCAGUGGCUUGACAGCGGCUGACCUUGCACACUCCCAGGGCUUUACAGAGUGUGCUCAAUUCCUUCUUAACCUCCAGAACAGUCAGCUCAACGGUUUCUAUUGCACAAACUCCUUAAAUGGAGUUCCACAGAAUGCAUCAAAUCACCUUAAUGGAGGAAUAAACAAUCGUAAGAGGUCAUUUCAUGAUUUGGAGGUAUCUGUUGUUAAGAAGCUGAGAACUGAAGGUGAGUGA